AUGAAAAGAAUAGGCGCUCUCGGGCAUUUGGUCUUUGUUUUUAUUGAGGAUGCCGAUCGAUACAGAGGAGAUGUGACAGUUUUUCGGGGAUAUCGGGAUAUCGGAACAGAAGAUAAGAAGAAUCUCGAUGACAUUGAGCUGAAAAGCCUACGCGCAAUAAAAGCUUGGAAGAUUCUUCGUAGAUUGAUUUACUCGAUCAAGUAA